AUGAGAUAAUCUAAAAUUUGUUAGCAACAAGAUUGUAAAAAAAUUUUUUAUUUUCUUGAUGAUAAAGGACCAAAUAUUCGUUGCAAAAAUUGUCAUUCAUAAAUUUUUUAAUAAAGCAUAAACGAAAUAUAAUAGAAAAAGAGUUAAUUAUUAAUGAGAAAAAAUUAGUUGUAGUAAGAAUUUUAAAAGUACUUUUAAAAAAAUAAAUAAAAAUGGGAUGAAGGUGUUUAACAAAGUUUAAACACUAUUAAAGAAGCAUAAAUCAAAGAAAAACAAUAUAAAUUGGCUCAUAAUGUAAAUACUCGUAAGAGUUAUUUAGCCUUUCAUUAAGAAGAAUUAGAUAAUCAAAAAUAAUUUAUUGAAUAAUUAUAAAACUUAUCAAAAUCCAUUUAAGAAAAAUAUUAAAACUUGAAACAAAGUGUAAAAUAAAAAUAAAAAGAAAUUUAAAUGAAAGCAAAGCAAGUAAAAUAUAGAUAAUAUAUCAUAUUUGCUUAAUUACCUUUUCUUUUUGAUAAUCAUAUGUUUUACAAAUAAUAUAGAAUUAAUUAUGAAAUAUAAGAAACUUUUUAUGACACAAUAUAAGAUCUAUCAUCAUAUGAAGACACUCGUUUAUUAAGCACUAGUUUUUAUAAUCUGGAUUAUGAGUAAUAAAGAUUAUCAACUCCUAAAAUAAAUGUGAGAAAAGGAGAGAUUUGUUUAACUUUCAAGAAAAGUACUGCCUUUUGGAAAGAAUACUUUCACGAUAAUUUACAAUAUUAUGAAAACUUUAUAACCUCUAUUAUUAAAGUGUAUAAAUUAAUCUAUUAUUUGGCAAACUUGUUUAACAUAGUGUUACCCUAUGUAAUUUAAAUUGAUAAUAAUGGUUUCCCAUAAUUUUUAGAAUAUGAAAUAUUUUCAUAAAAAAAAAUCUCAAACUUAGUUGAUCUCAAAGAAUCUUCACUUAGUCAGAUGUAAAUUAAUAUUUAUUACCUUAAAUAUUAUUUUAACAUUGAUAUUUAAGAUAAACUUUACUCAUAUUUUGAUAUAAUUGAUUUGCUGCAAUCUUUUUAUUAUAAACUAGAGUUUCAUGAAUUUAAUGAUUUAGAAUAAUUAAUUAACUAUUAUAUUCCAUCAGAAAACAAUUAAAUCAUAAAAGAAUAGAAUAAGAAUUAAUAGAAACGAAAAGGAAUUCCUAUAAAAUUAGUUUAAACAUAAUAUCCUAAAUUUUUACUAAAAGAUUAAAUUUAAGAAUAAUAGAUAAUCACUAAAAUGGAAAGUGUCUAUGAAUUCUCAGAUGUAGAAUUUAUAUAAUGA